AUGGCUAGCGAACAAGUAUGGCUAAUGUUGCCGCGUCUGCCACAAGCCAUUCUACACCCGAGAAGAGAUGUUGGAGUGCAGGUGCAACCUGAAAUGAGGGACGAGCAUAACAACGAGCAGUGUGCUGGAAUGUGGAAGUUGUUCUUUAUCCCUUGGCUUGUCGCCGCUCCAUUUGGAAAUCCAUGUCAUCCACAUUUCAACGAGAUCUCGGUUCUACAUUUUACUACAACCCAUGAGGAGCAGUUCAUUGAAUUGAGUGUUAGAGAAGAAUGCUAUAACGCUGACUAG